AGAUACGUGCACGAGCAGGGUAUUUAGCUUCCUAUACCCUUGGGUCGUGGGUACGGCGCGGCGGCGCUAAGAUGUACCUGACGAAUGGCCCCGGUGGGGGUGGGGGUGGGGGCGGAAGCACCAACGCCCCAAAUGGAUAUGCGAAUACAGGUUUUCAGUAUGGGGGAGCUGGCCAACACUACGGAGGUGGGAAUAACUACGGCGAAGGGGGAGGACGCAACCUAAACGGGAAUAACGGUUGCUAUAACUGCGGGAAGUUGGGACACUUCGCCCGUGAUUGCUGGUCGGCGAAAAGGGGUAGAGGCUUCGCUCCGGCUCAGGGAGAUCCAGAACUCGACGAGAUGAAGGAACACUUCAGACAAGUUAGAAGGGAGCGACAGGAGAUGGAAGAGAAGCGCAGGCAGGAGGAAGAACGGAAAACCAAGGAAGAGGAGGAAACCAAAAGGAAUCAAGACUUUGCUAGGAAAGCCGAGGAGUUCAAGCUACAGCUCCGCAUGGAACUGAUGGAGGAAUGGAGGAAGACCAACACCGAGGCUAAAGCGGCUUUGGAAAUUUCGAGAAGAUCGGGCAAAAAGGGAUCGACUACACGACUUGGGACUCUGGGAGGAGCAAAAAGCGGAUCGGCCGGGGAUGCGCGCAAGAUUACCACGACUAUCUUGGAUGCUACGAAGCACCUCAAGUGUACGAAGGCACCACUGGUAGAGCCAAGAGCAGUUUUUUCGGAUCGGCAUACCGAGACGAGCGCAUGGACAGAUGAAGAAGUCAAGGAGUGGGGGAAUCAGUUCGAAGGUCUCGUUCUGUCUCCCAUCGACAGGAACCUGGGAGACACAGUGGUUCUAUGUCCGAUACGAUACCGACACGGUUUCGGCAAGACUUUUACCUGGAAUUCCAACUACGAGAUUGUGGGGACACUAGACUCUAAAGAAAAGAUACUCAAGGAAUGCAAGCUGGACUUCGAAAAAGUUGGACUGGGCAAGAUCGGCGGAUGGAGACCGAACGGACGCAUCGGAAUGACAUAUGUCAUCCCCAAGCACAAGGACCUCAACCGUUGGAGACCGAUUUCACCAGCACCAUCCGAUCCGGCUACACUCACGCAGAAAAGGGUAGCAAUAGCACUACAUUUGCUGCUCAAGAGACUCCCAGCUAAUAGCACCUUCUACCUUAACUCUAUCUCGGAACUACCGGAGAGAUUGGAAGCAACGACGCAGCGAUUCCGGACGUUGGGCUGUGACACAACAGUGGGCCGCUGCUACAACAUCAAGGAGAUGUUCUCGCGGAUACCUCAUGGCACCGUAAUACAAGCUGUGCAGCAAUUGCUCAAGACCUAUGAAGACAAAGGGUGCAAACAAGUUAGAGUGUCUUUUCGAGGGAAAGCGACCAUCAUUAGCGGCAACAGGCGGAAGAUGGAAGGCUACAUCGGCUUGUCUUUGAAACUGGUGAUGGAAGGAGUCAAGUACGACUUGCAGCACUUAGUCGUGAGAUGCGGAGACAAAUUGGUCAAACAGGUGUUCGGGAUCCCGAUGGGGAAAUCCACCAGCCUGAUUUUAGCUUCUAUUACCUGCGAGAUGGCCGAGCUACGUUUUAUCAAGGAACUCGGUGCGGAUCGGCAACUCAUUGGAGGGUGGAGGGUAAUGGACGACAUUACCAUUAUCGCAGGCAUCAGGGACAAGCGUGAUAAGAAAGAAGACGUCAAGGACCGGUUUACGGCAUUCGAGAAUAUUUAUAACAAACACUUGGAGAUCAUCCGUAAGGAUGACUGCGGGCUCACUUGGCAGUUCGUGGGAGGACAGAUGUUCAUUUGCAGUUCACCGCUGCAGAUCCACUACAUACCUAUGAAUCCCCCUCGGCGGCGGCCAUCCGCGGCCAGUCCGCCGACCCCGCGGACGCGUCCGCACGGACGCGCGGCUUUGAAGCCACGUGGCGGCCGCAGGGGAGCGACUUUCGGAAAUCGGGAGACGCCACGUGGCGGCGCAUCCCCGGUAGAGGCACCUGAUGCAACAAGUGAUGGAUGCACCCGAUUGUGUGUCAUUCUCGGAAUCGAUUGUGCAAUUCUAUUGUGCCAUGGCAUCAAGUGUAAUCCUGUGGGUGACAUAGAGAUGGUGGAUGAGGAGAAGGACGGGAGGGGGAUGGGAGGAUCUCUCCGGCAGGCUGUCAGCUGGAGGUUUCCCACCUGUCCAUGGUCAUCUUCCUCACCAUUCGUCGUUUUCGUCUGCUGCCAGGAUCGUGCUCAACGACGCACACGUGGAACAACACAACAAGGAGCAGGAGAAGAGUGGCUAGGAGCAGGAGCAAGAACCAUCGGAGGACGUCUGCCAUGAAUAGCACCACACGAGGCGUGUACCAGACAAAGUUUGCAUCAAUGCGCCCGACAAUAGCCGACAAAACACAUUAG